GGCUCCGGGCCUGCACAACUCCAGUCCAGAGAUUGCUAUCGCCCAGAGGCUGGCCCGCGAGCCAAUGGAAGAGAGCUUUGCUGGUUGCUAAGGAAACCCCAAGCGGCAAGAUGGCAGCCGCCGGCCAUGGGAGCCCGAGCUCCAGCCUGCCUCGCCGGGACCCACCGAGGCCGCCGCGGGACGGUUAUGGUGUCUACGUGUACCCGAAUUCUUUCUUUCGAUAUGAAGGAGAAUGGAAAGGAGGAAAGAAACAUGGUCGGGGGAAGCUGCUGUUUAAAGAUGGGGGCUAUUACGAAGGCGAGUUCACGGACGGGGAGAUCACGGGGGAAGGCUGCCGGAUCUGGGCCUCAUCAGGGAACACCUAUUCGGGACAGUUUGUUUUGGGAGAACCUCAAGGACGUGGCAUCAUGACGUACAGAGCUGGUGGAUGUUACGAAGGGGAGCUCUCCCACGGCGUGAGAGAAGGAUACGGGCGUCUGGUGGACCGGGACGGACAAGCCUACUGGGGGUGGUUCCAUGACAACCAGCGACACGGCCAAGGACACAUGGUCUUCCGGAACGGUGACGAGUACGAAGGCGACUGGGUCCGGGACCAGCGUCAGGGGCACGGGGUGCUGUGUUGUGCCGACGGCUCCACCUAUGAGGGACAGUGGCAUGGUGACGUCUUCAGCGGCCUGGGCAGGAUGACCCUCUGCUCCGGGGCCGUCUACCACGGGAUGUGGAUCAAUGGCCACCCGGCGGCACAAGCCAGGAGGAUCGUGAUUCUGGGUCCGGAGGUGAUGGACGUGGCCCAGGGGUCUUCCUUCGACUUGAACGUUCAGCUGCAGCAGGACAGCGGGGAAGUUGCCGAGAGCGAGGAUGGCCGGGUUUUGAAGAUCUCGGCUGGCGUCAGGUACGUGCAGCUCGCGGCCUACUCAGAGGUCAGCUUUUUCAAAGUGGACAAGGACAACCCGGAGACAUUCCAGACCCCGUUUGGCUUUGAGUGCAUCGCCUAUCCUCUGUGGAGCCCCAAGUCUGGGGCCUUGGAGCCCAGAGCUGCCCUGGAAAGUGCCAGAGGAGAUCCACUGCUCCCCAGGGGAGACCGGGAGCCAGCAGCGGCAUCAGACACAUCUCGAGGCCAGAGGGACAUCCCCGGUGGCCCUCCCGGAGAAGCCCGGGGAUGCGAGCCCCACUGUCCUGAGGACUGCAGGCGAGUGGAACAAGGUUGUGCCCGGUUCUCGGACGUCUGCCUUGGGCCCCCCCCAGCCGGGUACAGCCCCGUCCUCUUCCUGGACGACCCCUGUGAGAAGGCAGGUGGUAGGCCCAGAGAGGGCCUGGGCCCCGGCAGAACGCCCACCACGCAGGACCCGCCAGGAGGCAGCAGGCCUGACGGGGCGGCCACCGCAGAGCCCGCGGCUGCGGCCUUCCCAGGGGAGUAUGUCAUCAUGAUCCGCGAUGUGACCGACCCUCCCUUCCUGGGCCACGUGCUGCCCACCGCCUUCAAACACCUUCGGGUCUCGGGGAAGGGGACGGACCGGCAGCCCCACAUCCCUGGAGAAGGCCCUGAAUCCCUGAGCUAGAAGAACCAUCCCCAUGCGCCCGAGAGCCACCAGUGUCCUCUCUCCCCCAGGGAGACCCCUGCCUUUCAAGGGCACCCUCCUCCCAGUGGCCUGAGUGGGGGCCGGAGGGGCCACCUUUCGUGCACCCCAAGGCCACCGGCUUUAAUAAAAUGCUCAGCACUGA